AUGGAAUUAAAAAAGGGGAGGUCAUUUUGGAUCUUCUGCCUAAUUUGGAGUUGUUGCAAGGGCAAAGAACCCGUUCAGAUAGUCCAGGUCUCUACUGUCAGUAAGAGUGAAUGUGCCACCUGGGGCAAUUUCCACUUUCAUACAUUUGACCAUGUUAAGUUCACUUUUCCUGGAACCUGCACGUAUGUCUUCGCUUCACACUGCAAUGACAGCUACCAGGACUUCAACAUCCAAAUCAGACGCAGUGACAAGAAUAGCUUCCUGAUCUACUUCACUGUCACCAUUGAUGGACUGAUCUUGGAGGUGAAGGAGACAGGCAUCACAGUGAAUGGGAACAAGAUCCCCAUGCCCUUCAGCUUGAAGAGCAUCCUGAUUGAGGACACCUGUACUUACUUCCAAGUCACUUCCAAGCUGGGCCUGACACUCAAGUGGAACUGGGCUGACACUCUCCUACUGGACCUGGAAGAAACAUAUAAAGGGAAAAUAUGUGGUCUAUGUGGGAACUAUGAUGGCAGUGAGAAGAAUGAUUUGAUUUUGGAUGGGUAUAAAAUGCAUCCAAGGCAGUUUGGGAACUUCCACAAAGUAGAGGAUCCAUCAGAAAAAUGUGCUGAUGUGAGACCAGAUGACCACACUGGAAGACAUCCUAGGAGGGAAGACAAUAGAUGCAGUAAAUAUAAAAAAAAAUGCAAGAAACUUAUGUCCCGUUUUGGAAACUGCCCCAGAGUGGUUGCAUUUGAUGACUACAUAGAGACCUGCACUGAGGAUAUGUGCCACUGUGCAGUUAAUUCUUCUCACUCUGAUUUGGUUUCCAGCUGCAUAUGCAGCACUUUAAACCAGUACUCCCGAGACUGCGUCCUCAGGAAGGGAGACCCUGGGGAAUGGAGAACCAAAGAACUUUGCUGUAAUGUAUGCCCAUCCAACAUGGAGUACAUGGAAUGUGGAAAUUCCUGUGCUGACACAUGUGCUGACCCAGAAAGGAGCAAGAUUUGUAAAGCCCCGUGUACAGAUGGCUGUUUCUGUCCUCCUGGAUCUAUCCUUGAUGACCUCGGUGGCAAAAAAUGCAUCCCCAGAGACAGCUGCCCCUGUAUGUUUCAAGGCAAAGUCUACUCAUCUGGAGGGACUUACUCCACUCCCUGCCAAAACUGUACUUGCAAAGGAGGCCACUGGAGCUGUAUCCCUCUGCCCUGUUCCGGAAGUUGCCAUAUCGAUGGAGGAUUCCACAUAACAACGUUCGAUAACAAGAGAUUCAAUUUUCAUGGCAACUGCCAUUAUGUCUUAGCUAAGAAUACUGAUGACACAUUUGUGGUGAUUGGAGAGAUCAUCCAGUGUGGGACAUCAAAGACAAUGACUUGCCUAAAGAAUGUACUAGUCACACUAGGAAGAACUACUAUAAAAAUAUGUACCUGUGGGAACAUCUACAUGAACAAUUUCAUUGUGAAGCUGCCAGUAAGCAAAGAUGGCAUCACCAUCUUCAGACCCUCUACAUUUUUCAUCAAAAUCUUGAGCUCAACUGGAGUACAAAUUCAAGUGCAAAUGAAACCUGUAAUGCAGCUCUCCAUAACAGUUGAUCAUUCUUAUCAGAAUCACACAUCUGGUCUUUGUGGUAAUUUCAAUAACAUCCAGACUGAUGACUUCAGAACAGCUACUGGAGCUGUGGAAGAUUCAGCUUCUGCUUUUGGUAACUCAUGGAAAACUAGAGCCAGCUGUUUUGAUGUUGACGACAGCUUUGAAGAUCCUUGUUCAAACAGUGUGGAUAAAGAAAAAUUUGCCCAGCAUUGGUGUGCUCUUCUGUCUAAUACAAGUGGUGUGUUUGCUGCCUGCCAUUCUGUUGUAGACCCUUCUGUGUACAUCAAGAAAUGUAUGUAUGACACCUGCAAUGCUGACAAGAGCGAAGUGGCACUGUGUAGUGUGCUCUCUACUUACUCCAGAGACUGUGCUGCAGCAGGCGUGUCCCUGAAGGGCUGGAGGCAGGGCAUCUGUGAUCCCUCUGAGGAGUGUCCUGAGACUAUGGUUUAUAACUACAGCGUGAAGUACUGUAACCAGUCUUGCCGCUCGCUGGAUGAACCUGAUCCGCUGUGUAAAGUUCAGAUUGCUCCUCUGGAGGGCUGCGGCUGCCCUGAAGGGACCUACAUCAACGACGAGGAGGAAUGUGUAACUCCAGAUGACUGUCCCUGCUACUACAAAGGCAAGAUUGUUCAGCCUGGCAACUCCUUCCAAGAGGACAAACUGAUGUGCAAAUGCAUUCAAGGAAGAUUAGACUGCAUUGGAGAAACUGUCCUGGUAAAAGAUUGUCCAGCUCCCAUGUAUUACUUCAAUUGCAGCUCUGCAGGUCCUGGUGCGAUUGGAUCAGAGUGUCAGAAAAGUUGUAAGACGCAGGACAUGCACUGUUAUGUUACAGAAUGUGUUUCUGGCUGCAUGUGUCCCGAUGGGCUGGUAUUGGAUGGCAGUGGAGGAUGUAUUCCCAAAGAUCAAUGCCCAUGUGUCCAUGGAGGACACUUUUAUAAACCUGGGGAAACAAUCAAAGUGGACUGCAACACAUGCACCUGUAACAAAAGGCAGUGGAACUGCACAGAAAAUCCCUGCAAGGGAACUUGCACUGUGUAUGGAAACGGGCAUUACAUGAGCUUUGAUGGGGAGAAGUUUGAUUUCCUGGGAGACUGUGACUAUAUCCUAGCUCAGGAUUUUUGCCCCAAUAACAUGGAUGCUGGCACCUUCCGAAUUGUAAUUCAGAACAACGCCUGUGGGAAGUCACUCUCCAUCUGCUCCCUAAAGAUCACACUGAUUUUUGAGGCAAGCAAGCUGAGGAAGGUUUAG